AUGUGUGGUUUCACACAGAGAUCGAGCAAUCCAAUGGCUGAUUCGAGAUUGUUGUUCUCUCUCAAGUUUAAUCAGCUUGAAGGUGUGAUGCAAUUCAAUCACAAAGUUAUAGUUAGAUACAAGUGGAUCGAUGUGAUCGUGAAGAUAGACAACAUCAGAUACGAUGUAAUAAAACUUGUAAAUGAGAAACUGAUGUCGAGAAGAGGAGCAGGUGAGCACGAAAAGCAUUUCCCAUCAAGGAUCUCUCUGCAACUAACUCCAACUCUCCAAACCGAUUUCAUAAGCGUGUCGGUCAGCAAAUCAUCAAACAACCCGGGACGAGAGUUUGAAGUCGAGAGAUCUAUCGAAGGCUCCUUCGACCCACCAAACUCCCUAGGCCUAAGGGUCGCUGGACGAGAAGCCUCGACCAUGACAAUGACCCCAUGGAAGUUCGAGCAAUCUGUGCUCGGCUACACAGCUAAUCUAAACUGGAUCUUGUAUGAUAGCAGUGUUGGUGGAAGAGAGGUUUUCUCAACAAAACCAUCACGGUUUUCGAUAAUGAGCCCGAGGUCUUGGUUCAAAGAUCGGUAUGCAAGGGCGUAUCGGUCAUUUACGAGAAGAGGAGGAGUGAUAUUUGCAGGGGAUGAGUAUGGAGAGACGGUGGUGUGGAAGAUUGGGAAAGGAGCAUUGGGAAGAAGAAUGGAGUGGGAGAUUAAAGGGUUUAUUUGGUUGACUUAUUGGCCAAAUAAGUAUAAGACUUUUUACCAUGAGACUCGAAGAUUAGAAUUUACACAGCUUCUUAAUCUCACCAUUGCUUAACCAAAAACAAGAACAUAUUAUAUAUUACUUCUUUGUGAUCUCAACUUUCUACCUUAGUAUACUAUAGACAGACCAAAACAAACUCAAUAGUAAGUUCAGACCAAAACAAACUCAAUAGUAAGUUAGUUCUUCACUUCUUAGUGAUCUCGUCGUUGUAUUAGUUACUUCUGAUAAGACUCUUAAACAGAAGAGAGACAGAGAUAAGUGAAACUCAACUGCACUUAGAUUGAACACUCAACGAACCGGGCCCUUCUAAGGAUGGGGCAACAAGUUAGAGACAGAAAGAUGCUACUAUGUAUGGAAAAGGGAGUUUCAGCAGAAUGCUGUGACCAGCAUCGAUCAUCUACGGUUUCAUAAACAGCAUCGAGCAUCUACAGUUUCAUAAACAGCAUCAACAGCUACAAUCUC